UCUUAAAACAACUCUGAAGUCCAUCUAUUAUUUUUCAUUGGGUUUUGGGUUUACAUCUAUUAUAAAGCUAGCCCAGAUUAAAAAAGGGCCAUUAUUAGAAUUAAAAAAAAUUAUAUUCCUAAAGAUUAAACAAUAUUUUGUAGAUAAUCCUAUUAAACUUGGCGGCCCCAACAUUAUCGUACAAAUUGACGAGACGAAAUUAAAUUUUAAUGUAAAAAAUCAUCGUGGUCGAAACAUACCUGCGUGCUGGGCUUUAGUAAUUGUUGAUAAUUUUUUUGUUCCAGCUUUGCGUUAUUCUGUUAUUUUUGAAAAUCGUUCUGCAGAAGUAUUACUAUAUAUAAUAAAUCAGAUUGUAAUUCCUAGGAGUGUUAUAGUAACAGAUGAAUGGAAGUCUUAUUCAUCACUAAGUGAAUUAAAUAUAUAUCAGCAUCAAACAGUUUGUCAUAAAUAUUGCUUUGUUGAUCGUAAUACUGGCACACAUACUCAAAAUGUAAAGUCUUAUAACAAUAAACUAAAAUUGGCAAUCAAAAAAACGAAGGGUUUAAAUUUAGAACAAAGAAAAGUAUUUCUACAAGAGUUCUUGUAUAGGGAGCACCACUCGAAUGAUAAAUUUACAUCUUUAAUUAAAUUAUUUGAGUUUUAA